UCUUCACUCGAAAACGCUACCAAGCCUUGCGAACGCCGCUACUCGAAAAUGGCACAAGCACCAGGUGUUGAAGUCAAUAUAAAUGCUAAUGACUGGAGAGCUUCAUUGUCUAAGAGGACACGUUCAAUGAUUGUCAGCGCAAUGGUCAAACAAUGUCUUCCCUUUUUUGGUUCAGAGGGAUUGGAUAGACUUCGAGAUCAUGCUAAAAGGUUUGAAGAAAAGACUUUUACUACUGCAACAAGCCUGAGUGAGUAUCUACUGACAAUAUCAAUGAAGUUGAUUAGUGUGGAGACUAGAGCCUGCUGCAGAGUCGCCAACCCUCGAAAUCAAGUUUAGGGUUCAAAAUGCCUCAGUUUGUGUUUAAUAAUUUAAUACUUGGUUUUGAGUUUUUGUAGAAGAAUUAUAUCAUCCAUGAUGCUACUUUAAUGUCUCUUGCAUAAGUACUUUGUGUGAAAGAAAUUUAAUUUAUAUUA